AUCGCGAGAGCGUCGGCGGCCGCCGAAGAGCUCUACCGCCUCCGCGACACCUAUUUCCCUCGAGACCCGGAGGAGAAGACCUCCAAGCUUCGUACCCUGGCCGACACGGCGCUCGCCCUCCUCGAUUCCCUUCCCCUAGGCAUGAAGGAGAUGUCCGUCGGGCAGGCGUCGUGCCCCGGGCCUUCCCUAGCACGUACUACCCCCGCAACAAAACUUGGCGUUGCUCAGAAAGUUGCAAUUGAGGCCGAGCAGCCCAAGAAGAAGAUGAAGGCGGUGGUGCACAAGCCAGCCUCCGGAGGGUCGACCUAGGAGGCUCCCACCCAGGUCGCACCUCGCAAGGAGGCUCCUCCAGAAGCUUCGCGUGGGGAGGGGAGCAGUAGACCCCGGGACGUCUCCCGUCCCCGCUCCAUGAGGGACCUCUAUAAGGUCAAGGCUCGGUUGAAGGACGAGCCUUUCUAUGCUCUAGAGAUAGCGGACCUCCCCACGUCAUUGGGGGAGGGGCCAUUGGAGGCUCGAUGGGCGUCCCUGACUCCGAAGUGUUAGGUCUGGGCGAUUGGAGUCGACGCCCAACUAUUUUGUCGGGGGGGUUCUCUGCCCCCCUCUAGCGAAGUAAAUCUACACCACCCCCUCUGAGGCACUGCUCAACAAUGCCGCUAAGAACUUGGUCACGAGCAGAGGAAGUCACCAUUACAACGUGCAAAUUAUGAAUACUUGAGGGGAAAAAUGCUAGACGUAUUUCCUGACUAUAUAAAAGAAGCAGAAGAUCAUUUAUCAAAAGCUGUUAAGUUGAAUCCAUCUCUUGCAGAUGCUUGGUUAUGCUUGGGCAAUUGCAUUUGGAAGAAAGGAGAUCUGCCCUCAGCAAAAAACUGCUUUUCUUUAGCAUUAAGCAAGGGCCCUAACAAGAAAAUUCUUUGUCAGCUAUCAAUGCUUGAAAGAAGUUUGGCUCAAGAAAAUAAAUCAGCCUCUAUUGAAGAAAGCAUUAAACAUGCAAGAGAAGCUGUAAUGUUGGAUAUCAAGGAUGGAAAUUCGUGGUACAAUCUUGGAAAUGCAUGUCUAACGAGUUUUUUUGUGACUGGAGCAUGGGACCAUGCAAAACUACAGCAAUCACUGAAAGCUUAUCAAAAUGCUGAGAAGGAUGAACUAAUGCACUCUAAUCCAGACCUUUACUUCAAUUGUGCUUCUGCAAACAAGUAUCUAGAAAACUAUGAAAGGGCCCUUCAUGGUUUUGAAGCUGCUGCCUCGAAGGAUCCUGGCCUAAAUGCUGAUGAUGAAGCUCAAAAGAUCACUAGUCUUCUGGACAAGAUAGAGAGUUCACUAAGGGGGUUGUCAAGGUCUAAACGAUUAGCAUCACUUGUAUCAUCCUUAGGUGAAGUUAUUUUGAAAUCAUCACAUGGCAAAGCUACUGUUAAUGUCCUGAAGGAAGGGCUCAACAAAGCAGUUGCAAUAAUUGGAAAAGUACUCCUCUUCAUAAAACAUGAGAACGUGGCUCCACUGUAUUAUCUAAUAUGUGAUUCAGAUCAAACUUGUUUUGUCCUGUCAGUAUAUGGACUUCAUAGUGAUGCUAUUAAAGAAGGAGAUCGAGUAAUAUUGAUGGAACCACAUUACCGAGUAAUUGAUUUUUCAUGGAAAGGCACGCAUUAUCAUUUCCAAUCUAUCCGUGUCGAUUUCGUGGAGCAACUUCUUGUUAAUGAGAAAGUACCAGCUCCCCAUCAUCUCGUGCGGGCCUGCAUUCAUGCACAGCACAAAGCUUGAGGACUCAGACCUGCAUCGAAAUUUUGUCGCAUAGUAUGUAUUCACUAUGGUUCUUGAUAUUUGUCAAAACUUGCGGCAUAUGAAUGGAGGAGUUCAGCUUGGUUUCAUGUAAGUGAGCAAUAUCUUCCUGAUGUCUACUCCAUAUGCGUCAUCUUUGAAAUCACUUUUUGUGCUUUUGUUUCAGUUGUAAUAUAGACUCCACUAAUUUUGUGGAGAAUUGGUUGGACACUUAACAAUAUUGGAAGUUGAGUGUUAUUAAGAUUGUGUACCA